AUGAUGACAAACCUGAAGGUCAACGUUCAAGAGCAUUUCAUGCAGAUGCUCCUUCGGUAUAUCAAUCUGCGGCUCGACGUGAAGGGACAGAAGCAGCGACUGCCACUGAAAAGCGAUGCGCGGAAAGCUUUCUUUACUCGACUACGCUACUUAAAGUCAGUUUUUCUUUUUGAUACUGUACCUGAGUUGCUGGAUUUAACACCAUUGGAGAGCGAGGUUCUUGAAGAGAUUUGGUCGCUCGAUCUGCCUUUUCUUGUUGACAAUCCACUCGCCUUCGCAGUUGUCGUGGAUCCAAUGUCCUUUUUCCCUGCUUACUGUCGGUUGUCAAGCCUAUAUGAAAAGCAUGGAUUUCGACGGUUCAGUGCAAUCCCACUUCGCCGCUCCCUCAUCCAAAGCCACAUUCGUAUCGACACGGUUAUUCUGCACCAGCAUAUCCUCUGCAUCACCCGCCAAGAAGCAGAAGCCGUAGCGAAGGUCGAUUUAUGGUUGCGCGUCUGUAAUCUGCAGAACAAGGCUUUUAGAUCUCGUCAUGGAAUGUGUUUUGAAGGCUCGAUCACGACGGACGGAACCUCGAUGUCUGUAUACCUAAAGCACCCAGACGCAGACAAGUAUGGAAAGCGCGGAGCGAGAAAGUCAGCAAAGACUCUAGAAGCUGAGGUGAAGGCAGUAUAUGUGGAGAACAACUUGCCUGCUUGUCGAGCAGCAGAAAAUGUCAUCGUUAUCGACCCAAACAAGCGCGACAUUCUCUACUGCCAAGACAGCAAUGGUACGACGUUCCGCUACACCGCCAAUCAACGCUGCAAGGAGACAGGUAGCCGCCGAAUUGCAAAGAGACGAGAAGCAAUGAAAGCCGGCGGCAUUGACCUCAUAGAAUCACGUAUCCCAAGCCACAAGACGAUGAACCUCAUGGACUUUACUCGCUACCUUCUCGUUCGUCGCGCAGAUUCGGAUCGUCGCAAGGAAUUCUACUCCCACCCUGCCCACACACGGUGGAAGUGGCAUGCAUUUAUAAACCGUCAGAAGAGUGAAUCGAACCUCAUAUCCAACUUGCGCAACAAGUUUGGGAACUUUACCAUUGUGAUGGGAGAUUGGAGCGAUGCCGGUCGAACUGCGAGAUUUCAGACCUCAUCCAAGACAAAAGGCUGGCGCACCCUCUUUAAGCGCAACCGCAUUGAUUGUUUCCUUCUCGACGAGUACAAGACCUCAUCUGUCUGCCCUCACUGUUCCUCUGACGUUGAAAAAGGUUUCAAAACACGACCUCAUUCAAGACCUUAUCGACGACGAGAAGGCAAGAUUGAAAAAGUCCACGGAUUGCUGGGUUGUACCAACCCUAACUGUUUGCAGCAAGCCUGGACGAUGCGCUACUGGAAUCGAGAUACGCUGUCAACCUGCAAUAUGGUAACGAUCGUGCAAUCAAUGUUGGAUGGACACGGUAGACCAGAGGUGUUCAGCAGGAGGAGUGUUCCAGCUGUAGCGUAG